CGGCCCAAACCGCCAUUGCGUAAAGGACAACACGGGCGGCGGCGGAGCUCAGUGUGCGCCGAGACGAGAGGGAGAGAGUUUGUCCUUUUUGCUCCGUGUCUCCCCAUCAUGGCUCUGCCUCUCAAAGCGUCGGGCAAGCUGGCGGCCAAGGGUCUGCACUCCUCGCUGGUGGCAGCCCUGAGCCGGCCCUCUGCCACCAUUGCCACCCGGGGCUUGCACUUCACCAUGGACGGGCGCCGCAGCAGUGCUAAGACAGACCAGCUGAGCCGAGACUACCCCGUGGUGGACCACACCUACGAUGCAGUGGUGGUGGGGGCGGGCGGCGCAGGGCUGCGGGCGGCCUUCGGGCUGGUGCAGGAAGGCUUCAGGACAGCCGUGAUCAGCAAGCUCUUCCCCACACGCUCACACACGGUGGCCGCCCAGGGGGGGAUCAAUGCUGCCUUGGGGAACAUGGAGCCUGACAACUGGGUGUGGCACAUGUACGACACAGUGAAGGGGUCCGACUGGCUGGGUGACCAAGACGCCAUCCACUACAUGACUCGCGAGGCUCCCAAGGCCGUGAUUGAGCUGGAGAACUAUGGUAUGCCCUUCAGCCGCACACCUGACGGCAAGAUCUACCAGCGGGCUUUCGGCGGACAGAGCUACAACUUUGGCAAGGGCGGACAGGCACACAGGUGCUGCUGUGUGGCUGACAGGACGGGCCACUCCCUGCUCCACACCCUGUACGGCCAGUCCCUCAAGUACGACUGCAACUACUUCAUCGAGUACCUCUCCCUCGACCUGCUCAUGGAGGACGGGGAGUGCCGCGGCGUGGUGGCCCUGUGCCUCGAGGACGGCUCCAUCCACAGGUUCCGCGCCAAGAACACAGUGCUGGCAACUGGUGGCUACGGCCGGGCGUACUUCUCCUGCACCUCUGCCCACACCUCAACAGGGGACGGCACAGCGAUGGUGGCUCGAGCCGGCCUCCCCUGCCAGGACAUGGAGUUUGUGCAGUUCCAUCCCACCGGUAUCUACGGUGCGGGCUGCCUCAUGACGGAGGGCUGCAGGGGUGAGGGUGGCUACCUGGUGAACUCCGAGGGUGAACGCUUCAUGGAGAGGUACGCCCCAGUGGCCAAGGAUCUCGCCUCCAGGGAUGUGGUGUCACGCUCCAUGACCAUCGAGAUCAGGGAGGGACGCGGGUGUGGACCAGAGAAGGACCACGUGUAUUUGCAGCUCCACCACCUGCCCCAAGAACAGCUGGCCCAGAGGCUGCCGGGCAUCUCCGAGACGGCCAUGAUCUUCGCCGGUGUGGACGUGACCCGCGAGCCCAUCCCCGUGCUGCCCACUGUGCACUACAACAUGGGCGGCGUCCCCACCAACUACAAGGGACAGGUCAUCACAUCCGAUGGCGUGGAGGACAAGGUGGUGCCAGGCCUGUACGCUGCUGGAGAGGCCGGCUGUGCCUCCGUCCACGGGGCCAACCGUCUGGGCGCCAACUCUCUCCUCGACCUGGUGGUGUUCGGCCGAGCCUGCGCCCACGCCAUCGCCGCCGAGAACAAGCCUGGAGACACCAUUGGGGAGCUGUCCAGUAGCUCCGGCGAGGCAUCCGUGGCCAACAUUGACAGACUGAGGUUCGCAAAGGGCAACGUGUCGACAGCUGAGAUCCGCCUGAACAUGCAGAAGACGAUGCAGAACCACGCGGCCGUGUUCAGGACGGGCGACGUGCUCAAGGAAGGGUGCGACAAGAUGGCAGCGCUCUGGGGCAAGAUGGACGAUAUCAAGCUUGAGGACCGCGGGAUGGUGUGGAACACAGACCUGGUGGAGACCCUGGAGCUGCAGAACUUGAUGAGUAACGCCGUGCAGACCAUUGUGUCGGCUGAAGCGCGCAAGGAGUCCCGCGGAGCACAUGCCAGGGAGGACUUCAAGGACCGAAUGGAUGAAUACGACUUCUCUAAGCCUCUGGAGGGACAGCAGUCCAAGCCUUUUGAAGAACACUGGCGCAAACACACCCUCUCCUCUGUUGACGAAGCUACUGGCGAGGUUAAGCUGUGGUACCGCCCCGUCAUCGACCACACCCUGGAUGACGCCGAGUGUGCCACCGUCCCACCUGCCAUCCGCUCAUACUGAGGCGUUGGAUGAUCUGCUGUUUGUGUCUGUCUGGCGCACACUUGCAGUCCUCUCUUGGCUGGGGAAGAUUGAGAGGAGCAUCAGGUGGAAGUCCUUGUGGUAAUUUGUCUUACCUGCCUGGGAUUGGUUAAAGAUUCAGGUAUUUCUUUUUGUGUGUUGCUGAUGUUUACUCUGAACUGCCUAGUUGUGUGUUUGGCUCUGGCAGGGAAAGUGUUGGUGGAAAAACAGCCCCACUGUGCGUGUUGGGGGCUUGUUAGGGAGAAGGGAGCUAUAAGUGUGUAUUGAAUAAUUAGUCAGCACUCUAUACUGCUUCAUCAAGAAACGCUCAUUGUAUGUACUAAAAGUUAUAACCAAAAUCAAUGGUAAAACAUGUAGUAAUGAUAUUUUAAGUAAUUCUGAUGAUCUUAUUAAUUCAUGCCACAUGCCUGCAAUUAUCUGGACCAUUGUUAUCUGGUCACCUGGAUCUGGCAAAAACAUUAACUCCUUUGAGGCACAACACACACACCAAUGUUCCUUUGUAAUAAUAUGAACAUAUGAAAACCCUGCAAUUAAUAAAUAUCCUUUUAAAAAUCUAGAGCAAUCAUGAGUCACAGUUAUUCCUAAUUCAUCGCUUCUUAUUCAUACCUGUUACAAUCAAUUUACCUACAAACAAUUCCUUCGUGUGUGUGUGUUGUGCCUCCAUCACUGUAGAUAUCUGUACAUAGGAACCCUUAUUAAGCUGCCUUUGUAUUUAUCAAGACUGUGGCUCUGAACUAAAUAUAUAUUUGUUAAUGCAGCA